CGGCUGGUAAAAAGGGUGAGGUCACGUCGUGGAGGGUCGGAGUGGUCUUUAGCCUGCAGAGAUGAUGUGGAAUUAUGUUUUAUCAACUUUGACGGCAGCUUUCGUCAUGUUUGCUGUGGUCGUUGUGUCCAGAAGUGUGUUCCCCUACUGGGCGGCGGACUGGCGGUACAGCCUGCAGCUGCUGAAGCUGGUGUGGAACUACGUGAGGAGGAGAAGAAGAAAACCUUCCUUCUUCGUGCUGGAUCGUUUCUUGGAGCAGCGCCACAAACAUCCUCACAAAGUCUUCCUGCGCUUCCAAGACGCAACUUUCACCUACUUGGCGGCGGAGCAGAGGAGCAACAAGAUCGCCAACGCGCUGCGGGCACAUGCGCACUACACUUCCGGUGACACGGUGGCGCUCUUCAUGGCCAACGAGCCCGACUUCCUGUUCACCUGGCUGGCUUUGGCCCAACUGGGCUCACCUGUAGCGCUGCUCAACCACAACAUCCGCAGCAAGUCUCUGCUGCACUGCUUCAACUGCUGCUCGGCCACCGUACUUAUAGCCGCUGCAGAGCUGCGAGAGGCAGUGGAAGAAGUUGGAGCAACACUUCAGGAGAAAGGUGUGCUCGUCCUGCUGAUGAUGCAACACUGUGACACACCUGGACUGGAGAGCUUCUCUGAUCAGGUGGAGCGAGCAUCAGACUCUCCUGUUCCUCGCUCGCUCAGGUCCAACAUCACCUUCAAAAGUCCUGCUGUCUACAUCUACACAUCUGGAACUACAGGUCUGCCUAAAGCAGCGAUGGUCAAUCAGAACCGUCUCCUCAAGGCGUUGGCGGUCUUAUCAUCAAACGGCGUUGUGUCGGAUGAUGUCAUCUACUUGAACUUACCUUUGUACCACACAGCUGGAUUCAUCAUCGGCUUCAUUGGCUCCAUCGACACAGGAUCUACAAUCGUCCUGAAGAGGAAGUUUUCAUCCUCUCACUUCUGGGACGACUGCAGGAAGUACAACGUGACUGUCAUGCAGUACAUCGGCGAGGUCAUGCGCUACCUCUGCAACACACCCCAGAGAGAAGACGACCGGCAGCACAAAGUCCGUCUCGCUAUUGGCAAUGGCAUCCGAGCAGAAAUAUGGCGGGAAUUUCUCAAGCGCUUUGGAGAUAUUCAGAUCAAAGAGUUCUACGCUUCCACUGAGGGGAACGUGGGCUUCAUCAACUACGCCGGCAAGAUAGGAGCCAUCGGGAGAGUUCACUUUCUGCACAGGAUGUUGUUUCCUUACAGUCUCAUCAGGUUCCACCCCGAGAAAGAGGAACCCUUGAGAGGUUCUGAUGGUCUCUGCAUCCCAGCAGCCAGAGGGGAGACGGGCCUGCUGGUGUCCAAGAUCACAGACACGGCUCCUUUCGUGGGCUACGUGCAGAACGAAGAACAGACGGAGAAAAAAAAACUGCGCAACGUUUUGAAGAAAGGAGAUCUUUACUUCAACAGCGGAGACCUCAUGCUGAUCGACCAAGAAGAUUUCAUCUACUUUCAAGACCGUGUUGGUGACACCUUCAGGUGGAAAGGUGAAAAUGUUGCAACAACAGAAGUUUCUGACAUUCUGACACUUUGUGAUUGUCUCAAAGAAGCAAACGUUUAUGGAGUUCAAGUACCAGGACAUGAAGGGCGUGUGGGAAUGGCGUGUGUGACGGUGAAGAAAGAUGGAGUAUUUGAUGGAAGUCAACUUUAUGACCACGUGUUCAAUCACCUGCCAGCCUACGCUCGACCUCGCUUCUUGAGGAUUAAGGAGGAGGUGGAGGUGACGGCGACCUUCAAGCAGGUGAAGGUGCAGCUGGUGGAGCAGAACUUUGACCCAAGUCGGGUUUCUGAUCCACUCUUCAUCCUGGAUGACAAGCACAAGACUUAUCUUCCUCUCACUCACAACCUCUACACCGCCGUCGUAUCGGGACAGAUCAAACUAUAAACAAUAACAAACAUGUCAACAAUAUCAAACUAUAAACAAUAACAAACAUGUCAACAAUAUCAAACUAUAAACAAUAACAAACAUGUCAACAAUAUCAAACUAUAACAAACAUGUCAACAAUAUCAAACUAUAAACAAUAACAAACAUGUCAACAAUAUCAAACUAUAAACAAUAACAAACAUGUCAACAAUAUCAAACUAUAAACAAUAACAAACAUGUCAACAAUAUCAAACUAUAAACAAUAACAAACAUGUCAACAAUAUGAAACUAGAAACAAUAACAAACAUGUCAACUAUAUGAAGCUAGAAACAAUAACAAACCUGUCAACUAUAUGAAGCUAGAAACAAUAACAAACAUGUCAACAAUAUGAAACUAGAAACAAUACCAAACAUGUCAACUAUAUGAAGCUAGAAACAAUAACAAACCUGUGAACAAUAUCAAACUAUAAACAAUAACAAACAUGUCAACAAUAUGAAACUAAACAAUAACAAACAUGUCAACAAUAUGAAACUAGAAACAAUAACAAACAUGUCAACAAUAUGAAACUAUAAACUAUAACAAACAUGUCUACAAUUUGAAACUAUAAACAAUAACAAACAUGUCAACAAUAUGGAACUAGAAACAAUAACAAACAUGUCAACAAUAUGAAACUAAACAAUAACAAACAUGUCAACAAUAUCAAACUGGAAACAAUAACCAACAUGUCAACAAUAUCAAACUAUAAACAAUAACAAACAUGUCAACAAUAUGAAACUAUAAACAAUAACAAACAUGUCAACAAUAUGAAACUAGAAACAAUAACAAACAUGUCAACAAUAUGAAACUAAACAAUAACAAACAUGUCAACAAUAUGAAACUAGAAACAAUAACAAACAUGUCAACAAUAUGAAACUAUAAACAAUAACAAGCAUGUCAACAAUAUCAAACUAUAAACUAUAACAAACAUGUCAACAAUUUGAAACUAUAAACAAUAACAAACAUGUCAACAAUAUGGAACUAGAAACAAUAACAAACAUGUCAACAAUAUGAAACUAAACAAUAACAAACAUGUCAACAAUAUCAAACUAGAAACAAUAACCAAAAUGUCAACAAUAUCAAACUAUAAACAAUAACAAACAUGUCAACAAUAUGAAACUAUAAACAAUAACAAACAUGUCAACAAUAUGAAACUAUAAAGAAUAACAAACAUGUCGACAAUAUGAAGCUAAACAAUAACAAACAUGUCAACAAUAUGAAACUAGAAACAAUAACAAACAUGUCAACAAUAUGAAACUAUAAACAAUAACAAACAUGUCAACAAUAUGGAACUAGAAACAAUAACAAACAUGUCAACAAUAUGAAACUAAACAAUAACAAACAUGUCAACAAUAUCAAACUAGAAACAAUAACCAACAUGUCAACAAUAUCAAACUAUAAACAAUAACAAACAUGUCAACAAUAUGAAACUAUAAACAAUAACAAACAUGUCAACAAUAUGAAACUAUAAAGAAUAACAAACAUGUCGACAAUAUGAAGCUAAACAAUAACAAACAUGUCAACAAUAUGAAACUAGAAACAAUAACAAACAUGUCAACAAUAUGAAACUAUAAACUAUAACAAACAUGUCAACAAUAUCAAACUAUAAACAAUAACAAACAUGUCAACAAUUUGAAACUAUAAACAAUAACAAACAUGUCAACAAUAUGGAACUAGAAACAAUAACAAACAUGUCAACAAUAUGAAACUAAACAAUAACAAACAUGUCAACAAUAUGAAACUAGAAACAAUAACAAACAUGUCAACAAUAUGAAACUAAACAAUAACAAACAUGUCAACAAUAUCAAACUAAACAAUAACAAACGUGUCAACAAUAUGAAACUAAACAAUAACAAACAUGUCAACAAUAUGAAACUAAACAAUAACAAACAUGUCAACAAUAUGAAACUAAACAAUAACAAACAUGUCAACAAUAUGAAACUAAACAAUAACAAACAUGUCAACAAUAUGAAGCUAGAAACAAUAACAAACAUGUCAACAAUAUGAAACUAGAAACAAUAACAAACACGUCAACAACAUGAAACUAAAGAAUAACCAACAUGUCAACAAUAUGAAACUAAACAAUAACAAACAUGUCAACAAUAUGAAACUAAACAAUAACAAACAUGUCAACAAUAUGAAACUAGAAACAAUAACAAACAUGUCAACAAUAUGAAACUAUAAACAAUAACAAACAUGUCAACAAUAUGAAACUAAACAAUAACAAACAUGUCAACAAUAUGAAACUAGAAACAAUAACAAACAUGUCAACAAUAUCAAACUAUAAACAAUAACAAACAUGUCAACAAUAUCAAACUAUAAACAAUAACAAACAUGUCAACAAUAUGAAACUAAACAAUAUCAAACAUGUCAACAAUAUGAAACUAUAAACAAUAUUAAACAUGUCAACAAUUUGAAACUAUAAACAAUAACAAACAUGUCAACAAUACGAAGCUAGGAACAAUAACAAACAUGUCAGCAAUAUGAAACUAAACAAUAACAAACAUGUCAACAAUAUGAAACUAUAAACAAUAUUAAACAUGUCAACAAUUUGAAACUAUAAACAAUAACAAACAUGUCAACAAUACGAAGCUAGGAACAAUAACAAACAUGUCAGCAAUAUGAAACUAAACAAUAACAAACAUGUCAACAAUAUGAAACUAUAAACAAUAACCAACAUGUCAACAAUAUGAAACUAGAAACAAUAACAAACAUGUCAACAAUAUGAAACUAAA